AGUGACCCGGUGCCUGCACAGACUGCUCCUGCCUUGCCAAACGGCUCAGAGUGCCUGACAGCUGCUAACUGACUCAGAGGAAGAGAAGAUGAAGAGCAGAGAACAACACGGAGGAAAAGGCACAGUGAAUUUCUGAAAGCAGAGGGAGAGUCAGAAGAAGAAGAAGAGCUGCUGUGACUUACUAAGGAGAGGAAGAGGGAGAGGAACAAUGUCAUAGAGGAGGAGGAGUUGUUUGGACAGAAGUGAGCGGCCUACAGGGCCACUACUGACAGGACUAGCCCCGGUCUAGCCUACUCCUGAACGGCCGUGACGGUCGCUUUUCCAGCUGUUUCUGUGGGAAACCGCUGAGGAGAUUACUCAAGAUGCAAACAUCUGCUCAGGACAACCCUUAAACGGCGAAGGCUACAGCUGCAGCAUCCGUGAAGGACCUGUGUGCGUGCGUGCGUGUGCGCAAGUGUGUGUGUGUGUGUGUGUGUGUGUGCGUGCAUGCGUGCGUGCGUGAGUGCGUGUUUGAGUGUGUCACCAUGAGUCUUGUCUCGGGCUUCCCUCACCACCCGGUCAUGCACCACCACGACAGCCAUCACUAUUCCUUGCAUGCUGCGACUGCCGGUCGGUGUCACGAGGACACCGGGGCUCCUCCUUACUUUACGAGCUGGCUGAUAAGCCACGCGGAUAUGUCUCCCACUGAGUAUAGCCUCGCGCCCGGCUACAGCCCAGAGUACCAUGGCAACAGCGGCGGCGGCGGCGGGCCCACCGGCGGCCUGGAUCCCCACCAUCACCAUCACCACCACUACGGACCCGGCGGCUUGGUGCCGGGAGCCGGCACCAUCUCGGUGAACGGAGCUACGGUCGGCAUGCACCACCACACACAUCCUCGGACCGUGAAGCGGAGACCCACGGCCAACCGUAAGGAGAGACGGCGGACCCAGAGCAUUAACUCGGCCUUUGCGGAGCUGAGGGAGUGUAUCCCCAACGUCCCGGCCGACACUAAGCUGUCCAAGAUCAAGACACUCCGGCUGGCCACCAGCUACAUCUCCUACCUGAUGGACAUUCUGGACAAGGACGGACAGCACGGAGACACACAGGCUUUCAAGGCCGAGCUGAAAAAGACGGAGGCUCGGGAGGAGCGUCGGAAGAGAGAGGCGGUGGAGAUCCCUAAGACAACUUCAUCUUCAUCAUCCUCAUCAUUGUCCUCCUCAUCAGUGGGUGAUAAGAAGAGUAAAGGACGGACAGGGUGGCCUCAACACGUCUGGGCUCUGGAACUCAAACAGUAGCACCUCCCUCCCUCCCUCCCUCCUGCCAGUUAACUCCCUUUCUCCUCCAGCUCUGUUCUCCAAGAGAGUGACGAGACAGUAUUGACCCGCUCUGAUGAACUGUGAUGGCAGUCAUCAUCAUCUCUCUGGACCUCGAGGCUGUUCACUUUGACACAGCGUAAGCUUGUAUAGCUCGGUUCACUUUGCCAUGACAAAGCACGGAGACAGAGACAGUUUACUGUUGGUUUGCUUAUUGCCUGGAGUUCCUGACAGAACAUAGGUUAGCUUUCAACACUCCCCCACCUUUCAUCAGCAAAGAUGCUUUCUGUGGCUUUGUGCCAUGGAAGUGUAAUAUGACCUCAAUCCCUGAUUCCCUCUUUUAAUUUUACCUCAAGAAACCUCUCCAAUCUUUCUUUUUUUUUUUAAAUCGAAGAUUUUAAAAGAAAGAGACAUUUAAAAACACAAAAUAUUUGUAUUUACAUGUUCACCAAAUGGAAAAAAAAAUCAUCAUCAUCAUCAAUCAUCAUUUCCCAACAUAUUUGAUGUCAGUUGAGGGCUAAUUUAAAAUGUAGUAAACGUCUGUGGGCUUGAACUAUAUCUCUGUUCGUUAGAGGCAGACCAGCUGGUUGGGGUCUGUGGGGUUAGAAAAAUACAUUAUCUGCAACGUUUGACCUCGUGAAUCAAAAGGAUCCACUGUUUCAUUCGUCACGCAUCCAACUUAACCAGCUUUGCUAAAAUGAUUCUCGCUGCCUAAUCUCUCUGCUGAAGCCUUUCAAAGAGCUGACGGUCUAAUGAAAUAGGUGCCAUUCAGUGGACGGGAUGUUUGCCAAAUUUAAGAGUGCUCCAUAAGCUCUUAGGUUAUGUUCUACCAGAUGUGUGUGUGUUGCCACCGAGCAAAGUAAUUUAUACCACUGCCGGAGUGCGAGCAGAGAACGGAUGAGUCUCUCUUCCUGUGGAGGGAAAACAGGACGAGUUGGGGAUAGAAACCAUUUCUCUCUCUCCCUCUCUCUCUCCUCGAAACAACCCCCACCCCCACAACCACCACCAACACCCACAUACUUACACACACGAGUGUUGAUGUGCUCCCUGAUUUAUUUAAUGGAAUAUAUCUAUGUGCAAUGUGGCCGAGGACCCAAACCUUUCCACUGACUGACAACAGACAUUUACUGAGUAAGACUAUCUCAUGAUUAAAUGACAAGGUGUAUGUGAAGUUCUCUCUCUCUCCGUCGCUCUCUCUGUCUGUUUUUUUCUCUUGCAAUUUUGAAUUGUAAAUGUAGUGACGUCACGGUGAUGACGACGUGUCCAUGUUGUGGUGUGGAAAACGUGGUGGGAGUCUAAAUAAUUACUUAAUGUGGGAUGUAAACAGUGUCAUGAAUUUAAUAAA